AUGGCGACUCAAGAUCGAUUCACCACAGCCCUCCGCCAAAACAAAGCGUGGGCAGCCCAGAUAUCCAAAGAGAAUCCAGAUCUCUUCCGCAAACUCUCCGCCGGUCAGCAUCCAGAGAUUCUUUGGAUAGGCUGCUCCGACUCGCGGUGUCCCGAGACAACUCUGCUCGGCCUGAACCCCGGGGACGUGUUUGUCCACCGGAAUAUUGCCAACAUACUGCAGCCCUCAGACCUCAGCUCUACCUCAGUAAUUGAGUAUGCUGUCCGUCAUUUGGGUGUGAAGCAUGUGGUGGUGUGCGGGCACACCAACUGUGGAGGUGUAUCUGCGGUGAUGGCGAACAAGCAACUUGGCGUCCUUGAUUCAUGGCUCUUGCCUCUGAGAAAGCUGCGCGAUACUAACGCAAGUCGACUGAAAUCAUUACCGGCUGACAAGGCACUGCUGCAGUUGGUCGAACUGAAUGUCCUUGCCGGGGUGAAGACGGUCAAGCAGAAGAGUGUCGUGGCCGAGGCAAUGAAGAAAGGAUUGAAGGUCCAUGGGCUCGUGUAUGACGUGGGGAGUGGUGUUCUGCAGGAAUUGGAUACCAGUGUGUCGGACAAAGUGGUCAGGAAACGGUUGACCUUGUUCAAGAAGGAGGUUUAG